CUUCCUCCAUUGCUCGGAUCGGAUGUCUUUCACUGGUGAGUGGCGAGUACGGACAGUCAGAUCGAUGGGUACCCCCGUCUCCCGUUGGAUUGGAAAAAGAUUCACAGUCAGGUUCGAUUAGACUCUAGGCUUUGCCAAUCGAACGGUGUCGUGAAACACGAAACGCGAAUUGCGGUGCUCAGGCACGCACACAACCACACACCCACACGAUAAAACACAAACCAUGGCACUAGCGUCGACCCGGAUUACGGCACGUCGGGGUGUCCCGUCUCCGCGACGAAUUACACUCGGAACGAUUCUCUGUGGAACCUUCUUGGUGCUCGCUCCGGGACUAAUCGCCUUUGCCAUUGUCCUCACACGGAAUGCCGCCGAUACAAUGUCGGACUCCAUGACGGGGCAGUGGACGGCCUGGACCCCAUCCUUGGGAACUACGCCCGUGGUGGACGCCACUGCCACCACCGCCACUACUCCUACACACGCACCCCGCACCCACCAGCCCGUCACGAUCGCGUACGCCAUUUCUCUCAUCAAAUGCGGUGACUUUCAAUCCUCCACGGAAGGGAUGAUGGAUGCCGCCAUUGUCCUACAGCAUUCCGUACACCAAACCUCGGUGCGUGCGGGCAAGUCCGCGUACGAUUAUAAAAUGUACGCCAUUGUGCACCGGGACGCUCUGCACUGCAGUCAGCCCUUGGCGGACGUUGGCUACGAACGUGUCGUCCGCGAUACACCCGUCAACGUCUCCGACAUUCGUGAUUCGGCGUUGCGCAAAGGUGUGCACCGUGCGUGGUGUUGCGGGGCGGACGAAUUUGUUAAAUUGUACGCCUACACUAUACCGGAAGCUCUCGUUGUGCACGUCGACGUCGACUUUGUCAUGGUCCAGCCCAUGGACGAUCUCUUUGAUGCCAUGCUGUACGGAGACUCAGCCGCCGUGCAACGGAUUCCACGGGAGCGACCGAACGAUCCGUGGCCGACCAACCCGCAAGCCGCCAUGACGCGAGACUGGGGACAGGUCAUGCCGGGACGAAAGCCUGGUUAUCAGGCCGGGUUCUUGGUGGUGAAACCCAAUCAAACAGUCUUUGAGGAAAUUGUCAACGUUAUUCUCAAUGAUGACUACAAUCCCGGAUACGGUCGCGACUGUGGUUGGGGCUCGAAAGGGUACGGUGUGUUUGUGGGUGCCAUGGCAAUGCAAGGACUAUUGGCGUACUACUACGAUAUCUACCAACCCAACACGUGGGUGGAGCUCAACCAGUGUCGGUUCAAUCACAUGGGUAUGGAUGUUCUCUACCGAAGCCAACCCAACUUUCAAGCUCGACACGCCAAACGCGGAAUGUGUCGCAACGACCUCGACUACUGCGAAGACUGCCAAACUACGGCAAUGGAAAACAUAUACAAUAUCCACUACACGCAGUGCCGCAAACCGUGGAACUGCAUCGGGGAAGGCCUCUCGACCAACCCGGACAAGUCAAGCAUCCCGGAGGACUCGGUCAUCCUAUCGCAUUGCAUGGAACUGCAAAGUGUAUGGCAUGGUCACCGGCGCGAUUUAGAACGAGCACUCGCUGCACGUGUCGGUACAGAGGACAACAAACGGCAAAAAGAAACAGCGUCUAUAGUUGCCGGACAGGCCGGGGACUACAAAAAAGAAGUCUUUCAAGGACAUUGUCGAGGGAACGGUCAAACGAAUUAUUUGGCGCUAGCGGGUGGCCAACAACAGCUCCUUCUGCGCAUACCGGAACUAUACCAAUAGCUUUGCGGUUUGAUUGUCGGAGGCUACUGUGUGUGUUAUUACUUGUUCAGUGCGCUCGUCAAAUAUUUCGAAUGAAGCGACAAUCGCUUCUCU